GAUUCACGUAAUCACUCUUGAAAACAAUGUGCAAGGGCAAACUUUCGCAGUCAAGCCAUCCUGUUAAUGCCCUCAGCUGCUCACAGGAUCCGAGAAGCUACAGAUAUGUCUACUGAGCUUCCUGGAACAACAGUGGUUGCAGAAAUGGACACUUUCACAGUUUCUCAGACAAACAAUUCCACUUGUGACUUAUACGAGCACAAAGAUACUGCACGGAUACUACUGUCUGUCUUCUACAGCUCCAUCUUAAUUCUUGGAGUGCUUGGAAAUGCCAUUGCCCUCACUGUCAUUUUUAAAAACAGAAAGAAGAUCAACUCCACUACCCUCUAUUCAACAAACCUUGUCUUCUCUGAUCUGCUGUUCUGUAUUGCCUUGCCCACAAGGAUAGCCUACUAUGCCCUGGGAUUUCACUGGCCAUUUGGAGAAGCAUUAUGUCGAAUAACUGCUCUCUUAUUCUAUAUCAACACCUAUGCAGGUGUAAACUUUAUGACAUGUUUGAGCAUUGACAGGUUUUUUGCUGUUGUCCAUCCCUUCCGAUACAAGAUCAGAAGGAUUAAAUAUGCCAAGGGUAUUUGUGUCUUUAUCUGGUUUCUUGUAUUUAGUCAAACUUUCCCAUUACUGAUACAACCCAUGUCACAGGAAGAAAAAGAACGGACUACAUGUAUGGAAUAUCCAAACUUUGAAAAAAUAGCACAUCUACCUUUUAUACUUCUUGCUGCCUGUUUAAUAGGGUACCUUAUUCCCCUGGGGAUUAUACUAUUUUGUUACUCUCAGAUCAGCUGCAAACUUUUUCAAACGGCCAAGGAAAAUCCACUGACUGAAAAAUCAGGGAUAAACAAAAAAGCCAUCAAUACAAUCAUAUUUGUAAUUAUAGUGUUCAUCAUCUGCUUUACCCCUUACCAUGUUGCAAUCAUACAACACAUGAUUAAGAAGCUUCAGAAAGAACCCUUGUGCACUGAAAAUAAAUUUUUCCAGAAGUCACUCCAUUAUACCGUGUUUCUGAUGAAUUUUAACUGCUGCCUAGAUCCUUUCAUCUAUUUCUUUGCAUGCAAAGGAUACAAGAGAACUGUACUGAAAAUACUGAGACGGCAAGCAAGUGCAUCAAUUUCAAGCGCUGUCAGGUCACACCAUGAAGAAAGCUCACGUGACAUGGGAGAAACGCAAAUGAUGGUACUUGCAAAAUCUUCCAAUGGAAAGCUACCUGAAAAAUAGUCUGUACGACACUGCAGUGGAGCAAGCUUAAAAACCCAGGGUAAAACCCACUGCAAAAACUGUUAGCGCUCCCUGUACAGCAGCUUAAAUAAGAUUCUGUUUCUCAGGAUGUCAGGAAAUCAAGGAGUGAUGUUGGACUGAAAAAGAAUUGUCACAGGACAGCAAGGAAACUCAGCAUUAUAAUUUCCUAGCUGUAUCAUUUUGACUGAUCUCAUUAUUUUUUCCAGGAAAUAUGCACGGCUGUGAAUGUUCAACUUCCAUACUGCACAUAGGUAUUCCUGGAUGUUACUAAUUCAAGCAAAGACUCAAUUCAGAGUUUGGGUGUCUGAGAAAGGAUUAAACACAAAUAGCUUACAAUUCAGACUGACUACAACCAGAUCACCUGAAAAUUGCAAGAGCUCUACCUGAACUCCACUUACAGCAGUGAUUUUGUUAUCCAAGUCACACAAGCAAAGGAAACCAAACUUUGAGAUAAAAUGGACAAUUUCUGUGUAUGUUUGACUAUCACAAAUGCUUAGUUCGGAGGUGACACUGAUUUUCUAGUAUUUGGAGCACUUACUGGACGUAAGUGCUGGAUUGUCUUACUGGACGAUCCACAUAGAUAACAUUGUCAGAUGUAAUACAUUAAAAAUUAAUGAACUGUUUGGUUCUCCCCAACACUGAAUAUCUCCCAUAUGUUAAAUCACUCAUCUCUGCAAGGUGUAUUAUCUCUUUACUCCUUUUCUUAAAUGAGAACAUUUCUUCUAGUGUGUAUUAUAAAAAGUCUCUACACUGGUUGUAUAUAAAUUAUUUAUAAACACAAAAAAUAAGUUGAAGCAAGAGACUGUACUAUGAAAACUGCGCUGUUUCAGUUAAAAAAGCAGUGAUACAGGGUUCUUCAGAACUUCUGCUCAAGUCAGACAUGGGCACAAGACAAACGCUUUAGAAACAGAAAUAAAUGUUCAGUUGAAGCCGACAAAAAGUAAAUGAAUAGGUUAGUUCUGAUGAUGUGAGAUGGCCACCUCUCAAUAAAUGAGAAAAGCAGGGACUGGCUGGGAAAGAACAAGCUUCCUCAUCACACCUUCAUACAGCAUAUCUGGGAUCCCUUUGGGCACACUGAAAUUGGUCCAGGAAAGACA